UGAGGACACUCCGAAGGGCGAGGGGAGGGCUCGGCGUCUCGCGCCUCGUUUCCCGGUCUCUCUGCGCCGGGGUCUCUGAGCCGUCCCCUGCGAGCACCCAGGGGCGGCAGAGCCCCUGAGAGCUCGGCUGAAAUCCUGACAGAUUUUCUUCAGUAAGAGGUGACUCCUGAAGCUCUGCGAAACGAGUGUGGUGUGUGAUUGCAAGGCGCGAUGGCUGCAAAAGUGGCUCCAAUGCCCCUAAAGCCUAAGCGGUCCUUUAUACUGAGAGUUCCUCCGGACUCCAAGCUGGGCCAAGACCUACUUCGGGAUGCUACUAGUGGGCCCAAGACCAUCCACCAGCUGGUUCUGGAGCACUUCCUCACCUUCUUGCCCAAGCCAAGCCUGGUCCAGCCCAAUCAGAAAGUCAAGGAGACCUUGGUUAUUAUGAAGGAUGUGAGCUCAAACUUUCAGAACAGAUCGCAACCUCAUCCCAUGGUGAAGCUUCUGCCCAGAGAAGGAAUCCAGCAGAAACAGGACACAGUGUCUCUGUGUUUGAAAACUGAGCCUGAGGAACUGGUGGUCCUUGAGGACUUGAAUGUAUUUCACUCCCAAGAAGAAUGUGUGAGCCUGGAUGCUGCUCAACAGCCCACCUCAGAGAAGGAAGACAGUGUUGGGGAGAUGAUGUUACUGGUCAAUGAUGUUAAUCCUGAGAGUGAAGAUCUUCAGAAAGAAACCAUAGAGAAUGAAGAUCAUAGAGAAGAGAUUUCAGAUUGUGAUGAAGUAGAUCGUUCUGUGGUCUCUGAGGAACCUCCAUAUUGCCAUAAAGAAAGACUUAAUACAUCUAUUCCCAAGCAAAGGAAAAUGAGAAAUCUUCUAGUUACCAUUGAAAAUGAUACUCCACUAGAGGAACUCUCAAAAUAUGUGGAUAUCAAUGUGAUUGCACUUACCCGAAAUCGGAGAACAAGAAGAUGGUACACUUGUCCACUGUGUGGGAAACAUUUUAAUGAAAGUUCUUACCUUAUUUCCCACCAGAGGACUCACACUGGAGAAAAACCCUAUGACUGCAGUCACUGUGGGAAAAGCUUCAAUCAUAAAACAAACCUUAAUAAACAUGAGCGAAUCCAUACAGGAGAGAAACCUUAUUCAUGUUCUCAAUGUGGGAAAAACUUUCGUCAAAACUCUCAUCGGAGUCGCCAUGAAGGAAUCCAUAUAAGGGAGAAGAUAUUUAAGUGUCCAGAAUGUGGGAAAACCUUCCCGGAGAACAAAGAAUUUGUGCUUCAUCUGCAGAGUCAUGAGGCUGAAAGGCCAUACAGUUGCAAAAAAUGUGGCAGAAGAUUUGGUCGGUUGUCCAACUGCGUCCGGCAUGAAAAAACCCACUCAGCAUGUAAGACCUGAAAGCAGAAAUGGGAUCAAGAAAGGUCUGAUGAUCUUGCCUCAACCUGAAAUGUUUCAUAAGGAACUCUGAAUUCCCUGGCUGUCAGAAAAGAUGCAGAAAUGGGAAAACCUCAUUAAAGCCAAAAUUGGAUAAAUACCCAUCUUGGCUAAAACCUCCAAUUUUUAGAAAAUUCACAGGGAAGAAAACAUCCUCAAGGGCUAUACCUCAGUUAGCAUCCACACUUUCUGGAUAAAGGAGCUUUCUUCUGUGAACUUAUACAACAUUGUAUAGGCCACAGAUCCCUUUCCCACAAUGGCUUUGAAUAGGAGUCUGAAGGCCACUCACCAGCAAGGUGAGCAGAGUGACUCAAUGCGAAUGGAAGUAUAUCAUUCCCCAGCCCCCAUAGGAAUUCAUGCUACAGGAAAAAAAAUAAUGCAAAGGUCCUUAUCUGGAACUGUGUUCCCCUGAAAGAACCAAACUACUGAUUUGUUAAGCCAAUAGCUUCUAUUAGCAAUUCACAUAACCUUCUCAGAAUACCCUGUUAAAGCUUGAGUGUUGAAAGGGAUUGUUUACUUUGGAAUAUAGGAAAAUACAGCAAUUGAAUGUCAAAGACUUACUCUGUCAUUUUUACAUGAUCUAAACAAUUGAUCUCAGUAACAUUUGCAUUUUGUAGUGAAAAGUGACUUUUACAGGAAUACUUUUCACAACAUACUUUUAAAGUGUCUACUGUUCUUACUGUGUUCUGUCCAGCUCUUGCUCAGACAGCUCUCUCAUGCCUUUCCAUUGCCAAGAGAAGUUCGGAUCGCUUAGGCCCACCCACCCAGCCCCACUACUGGAAAAGCUCUUCAGAAUCUGGUCCCUCUGAUGAGCC